AAACACAUGGUACAUGACAUCAUAUGCACGCAUUUCUACAUAAAAAAAAACAAACAUAAUUUUCAAUUCUUCACAAACACAUUUCUUUAUAUUUUCUUCUCUUCCAAAACCAACACUUCCAAGUUCUAACUUUAACCUCUUUUUCAUCGCAUUGAAUUUACUUAACCAAAAAAAAAUGUUAACUCUUUUUCAUGAUUUAGUAGAAUUGAUGUCGAACUCGAGUUGCCAAAUCAGUGAGUCAGACCCAUGUCGCGACGAGUCAACAGCUUUGAUUCUAAAAUUCGUUGCUAUGGCAACAAUUCUAGUAACAGGAAUUACCGGAAUCGCGAUACCGUUAUUAAGAAACCGGCGAGGAUCAGGCGAGGUAUUACAAGCGGCGAAGGCGUUUGCGGCGGGAGUAAUAUUAGCGACGGGGUUUGUUCACAUGCUUAGAGAUGCGACGGAAGCAUUUAAUCAUCGUUGUUUGAAAUCUUACUCGCACGCGUGGUCAAAGUUUCCUUUUGCCGGUUUUUUCGCUAUGGUUUCAGCUUUGUUUACUCUUUUAGUUGACUUUAUUGCAACUCAGUAUUAUGAGAGGAAAUUGAGAGAAGAUAGUAGCAGUGGCGGCUCUGAGCACGGUGUAAUCAAUGAUUUGGAGGAGGAGUUGUUGAGAUCGGAGAUUGUGGAGGUUAAGGAUGUUAGGGAAGAGAGGACUAUUGUGGGGAUGCAUGCUCAUGGAUCCCACCAUAGACAUUCUCAUCACCAGAACCAUGAUCAUGAUGAUCAUGGUCAUGGUUCCGGUGAUGAUCAUGGUCAUUCGCAUUCUCAUUCGUUUGAUGAUGUGGAAGGUAGCAUUCGCCAUGUUGUUGUUUCGCAGGUAUUGGAACUUGGAAUAGUUUCACAUUCCAUGAUAAUUGGGUUAUCACUAGGAGUUUCACAAAGUCCAUGUACAAUGAGACCCUUAAUUGCAGCAUUAUCCUUCCACCAAUUCUUUGAAGGAUUUGCACUUGGUGGUUGCAUAUCAGAAGCCAAAUUCAAGACAUCCUCAGCAACAAUAAUGGCAUGUUUUUUUGCACUAACAACACCAAUUGGUGUUGCAAUUGGAACAUGUAUUGCCUCAAAUUUCAAUCCUUAUAGUCCAGGAGCUCUUAUUACAGAAGGUAUCUUGGACUCUUUGUCAGCUGGAAUUUUAGUUUAUAUGGCUUUGGUGGAUUUAAUAGCUGCUGAUUUUCUUAGUAAGAAAAUGCGUUGUAGCUUUCAGCUUCAAAUUGUGUCGUUUUGUUUGCUUUUUCUUGGGGCUGGAUGUAUGUCUUCUCUUGCACUUUGGGCAUAAUUCUUUUAAAUUUUGUUGUAUUAUAAUUAUUGUUAAUUAAUUGUGGAUUAAGAGUCUAUGGACUUGGGUUAGUUAGGAAGUUAGGAGGAGGUUAAUUUGGUUAUUCAUCUAUAACAGAAUGUAAUCAACACAGUUAGUUGCUAAUGGCAAUGAUGAAAUAUAUACAAGACUUGUAAUUGAUUCAUUGAGUAGUUAAUGACCACUGAACUAUUCUCUCUUUA